AUGACAGACUAUGAUCCGUUUAACGAUUUUUGGGGAGAUUUCAUCACCGCAAUUGGAGUAGUUGUUAUAGCUACUCGGCUUAGUGAACAAGCAGCAAAUGGGAAUGUCAAUGGCGCAAAUGGAAAUAGAGGAAAAAAAAUAGAAGCGGUGGAUGAUAUUAUAAUUAUUGGUUCGCUGCACGCACUUAAUAUUUAUUUGUUCUUUGCAUGGUGGGAUUAUGAAGAUGGGACUAGCAAAGCUCUUGGGCUAAUCGGAUUAAUUUUAUCUAUCAUUUUUUUAUUUUACGUACUUUUAUUUCAUUUUCGAGAAACAAAUGCGGGACUUUUAUUACAAAUCCGGGAUAAAAUUAAUAAAUAUAGAUUGAUUUUGAUUCUUAACAUAUUAUUUUGCACGGUUAAUCCAAAUUUAGAUAUCGGUUCCUACGAUGAAUUUUGCAAUAUGUAUCCGUAUGGUCAUUGCGAGAUUGAUAGAAUAUUGAGGUUUAUAAACAUAACCUGCAUUAUUGUUGCAUGGAUAUUAAGUCUUGUCAAUAAAUAUAUCGACCCAUCGUAUUUAUAUUACAUUCAACGAUUCUUAACGCUUUUGUUUUUUAUUUGUGCAAUUUUAGUUCAAGCCGUUGGGAAUGGAUAUCUAUUAAGUAGCAAUCUUUUGCAAACAAAAUUUACAACUGCUCUUGCUACAGUUGCGGUAACCAGAUUACUUGAUGUUUACAGUAAAGGUGGUUCUUCUAUUUUUGCGCCAAUUUUUGAGUUAAAGUAG